CCCGCGCCGCGCGGAGCGCGUUCCACGCUGGGCUCGGAAGCGCCGAGGAGCCGCCAUAACCGCGGGGGGGCUGAGGUGGAGAUUAACUGCAGUAACAAAGCAAGAUACCUCUGGAUAAUAAUUUGGCUGUUAAAUUAAUUUCAAACCCAUAAAUUGCCUUGCUGGAAGCAAAUCCUUUGUCAUUACCAGCAUGGCUGUAGCAGUUAUGUUUCUGAACAACGCAUGCUUACGUGGUAGAUGCUGCAGACACAAAGUUUUGCAACCUUUGCUUGGAACUUUCUGUGCUGAUUCCAUGUCAAAAUGUUACAGCAGUUACAGGAGGCCAGGAUCGCAGCCUGAGGUAACACCGUCUUGGCGAAACAUUGAUUUCAGCUUUAAGAAGGGCAUUAAUGCCUUAAAGACUCAGCUAAGCUUGCUGAAGAAGGAGACCAAAGAUCACCUAACAGGACCUGAUGGCCAUUCGUUCAGUCACUACAUGUUGGAACAGACAAAGGUGAUGUGGGUGUUCCGGUGCCAGGAAGAUUUAAAUAAAUGGGUUAUUUCCUCCGAUGUAGAGAUUGGAGGGAAAAGUGAAGUUUACCUAAAAUUGGGCAGGAACAACCAGGGUGCUAUGCUGUAUGGAAUACUCAAUACUGAAGUACCUCGCGAUGGGGAGACGAAAUACAGUGGAUAUUGUAGUAUGAGAGCCAAACCAGCAGUGGGAUCUUUUGCUAGGAAGAAGUAUUAUGACUGGUCAAACUUCAACAGUCUGUAUUUACGUGUCCGUGGCGAUGGCAGACCUUGGAUGGUGAACAUUUAUACAGACCCUUACUUCUCCCAUCAAAAGGAUGACCUGUACAACUACUUCAUGUUCACCCGAGGAGGACCGUACUGGGAGGAAAUAAAGAUUCCGUUCUCCAAAUUCUUUCUGUCCAGUCGAGGAAGAGUACAGGACGACCAACAUCCUAUCUGGUUAGACAAGAUCAGUACCCUUGGAUUCACACUGGGAGAUAAAGUAGAUGGUCCCUUCCAGCUGGAGAUUGAUUUUAUUGGCCUGCUAAACGACAGAGCUCACACAGAAGAAUUUGCCUACGAAACAUAUGAAAGGAAUCCUAGAAUCUAAGUUGGUCUUGUGUCCUUUGGAACAUUCAUCAGCUGCUUACUUAAUUUUUAAGCAUUUUAUAAAGUGUGAGAACAUCCUUCAAGUUGAUGUAAUUAUGUAAACAUUAAAUGUUAAGUGGAUGAAGUGUUGACUCAGUAAUCUGACUGGACUGACACUGUUGGCAUCGUCAAGCUGCCAACAACAGGCUGAGAGCUUGUACCUACAGGAACUGGAAUACAGCCUUACAGUACAGGCUUACUGUGUAUUAACUGCUGUUUGGGGACAUUUUAACUUUUGUCCUGAUCUUUAGGGAAAUAAAAGUAUUCUGUUAA